AUGACCAAAGUUCAACAACUUCCACUUCAAAUUUACUUUCUUUUCGCAAUCAGAAAUCAAGUUACUGAAGCAACAAAUGAUACCCUUGUAAUCACAGAGUUCAUUGACCUUACUAAUCCAUCAUUUGGUUCCAUUGUUCAACUACAAGCUAAUACAUCAAUGAAUAAUAAUAUAGAAAAUCAAAUUUG